GGGCAAAGUAAAAAAAAAAAAUCCUAAAUAUGACGAACUCCGAAGGUACAGACAAAACACAUUACCAAAGAAAGAUUCCGAUAUGGCAGAGCGGCAAGUGAGCUCAAAACUGGUUUGAUCUCUAGCAUUGUAAUCCGAGUCCACAUCAGACCUAUAUCGAAUCUGCCAUAUUUCGUUUUAUAUCUUCUCUUCCCUUUCAUUUGACUUUAAUUCCCACCUCGCAUUACUUCUUCAAAAAGCAACAAUAACCUCUUUGGCUUCCUGUUUUUCCUGUCCCUUCCCUUUCUAGUUUUGCUUCGCCAUCAUAUUUCCUACAUUUGCAUGCCCAAUUUAAGGGUUUUGUUGCAUUAACCUGAAUAGAUGCCCUUGGAUGAGUUCAGUUUCACUCAGUUCUGCUACUCAACUAAAAAAUUUUAGUCCCUGACCAUGUCAUAGUUUGGUUUGUAUCCCUUCCGGAGUAUAUUAGGAUUAUCUGAAUAGAAUAACUCUGCUAUCUUGGACGUAAAAGCGUUUAUACUCAUUUGUUGCUUCCAUCAAAGGAUCCAAGAACUAACAGUGAUUGCUUUCUUCAUUUAUCUUAUCACUAGUGUUUACAAAAUGUAUUCCGGUCGAGGAGCACUUUAGAGUGUAUGGCUUUUAUAGUGGAAGGUGGAAUCUGAUUAUCUUUGAUUGUAGAGAUUUGUUAAGCCAUUUGGAAUCAUAGCCUUGUCAUAUCCAUAGUCAAAUGAGUGCAUUUGUCGUUUGCCUCAAAUCUCUCCCCCACUUUUUCCUUCCUAAGAAGUGGCAUCUUGAUGUGUUGUGGACCAGUGGCAGGUACUUGCAUUGAAACAAUUUGCAAAUAAUACAAGUACAGUAUUUCAAUUUUACGCUUGGCUGGAAAAGAUGAUUCUCACCAUUGACUGGAGUUCUUAAAUUUUUCUUGUUGAGUAAUUAUCUGUAAUUCCAUUUAAUGUGGUUCUCUGUAGAUUAGAGGUCUGGAGCUAUGUCGAUAGCUGUUAUUGAGAGCAUGGCAACAUUGAGUACCGAUCUCUUCUAUGACAUAUUGAGGCGUCUUGAUGGACCAACUUUGGCCACUGCAGCAUGUGCAUGUGUGACAUUUUGUUCAAUCUCUAGAGAGGAGAGACUGUGGGAAAAUGUUUGUUCUUCUAUGUGGCCUUCAACCAACCGAGAAGAUGUCAAAAGUUUAAUUUCUUCAAUUGGUGGAUUCAGAAAAUUCUAUGCAGAUUGUUUCCCGCUUAUUGUUAAUAAGGAAGUAACAGAGUAUCAGUGGAAUGGUUAUCUUGAGUACCCUGAAGAAUGGACUGAAGCUGAAUAUUAUGGUGAUACCAAUGGACUAGAAAGUAUUUCACCUUUAGAUUUUGUUUCCAUUGUGGAUAUCAGGUAUAAAGAUAAAACAAUAUGUUCAAAAGUUCUCUGGGGUAUUCCUAAUGCAAAUGGAUCCAAUAGUUGGUUUUACAACUGCCCAUUUCGGAUUGAUCUUCUUACUUAUGCUGCUAGAGAUGAUGAUAGUGAAGGUGAGGUUAUCCUUUCAGUUUCUGAUGGCCUGCCACCAAUAAUCUCUAUGGAAAGGGAGAGAAAAGAUGGAAAGCUGUGGAAGGAGCUCCGAGAUGGCCUCUGGCUUAGUUGGAUUGUCGUAAACAGAAAAAUGAAGCAGGCUGCUAAUCUUGCUAGCUGGAGCCCUCUUGGGGGACAGAGGCAUUGGCCCACAGACAAGGAUUUUGUGAUAAGAUUUGGGUCUAUUCUUCCUGCCAAAGACAUCCUUCCAUGUCAAGUGGUAGAAUGCAUUCUUAUCAUGAAGUUUAGAGUCAUUCACACUGAGGGCGAGGGUGUAGAGACAACUCUCAAAUUGACAGAGCUAAGCAUGCAAUUGGAAGAUAUGGAAGGUGCACAUGUUAAUGGAAGAAACAGUUUGCUUAUCCUUAAGGAAGCUCUAAGCUGCAACCGAAGCAAAAACUACAGUGAAGUUAUUGAGUCCUGUAAUUUGUACUCAAAAGUGCAGAGUGAGCUAAAAGAGGAGAAGAUGAGGAAUGAAAGCAGGUUAGACAGACUUUGUAUCUUAAGCGGCAUUGCUGCUUUUGUCACUUUUUGGUAUUACGUCUUGUAAAUGUAGGUGAUGCUUUAAUUUAACACCUUACUAAAGAUGUUCUAACAAACUCUCAACCUUUUUUCAUUUGAUGUAAAGAUUCAAUUUUGCUUCAAGUAAUAAAAAGGUUACCAUCUUUCUGAUCAGAUUCUCUUGGUGGUGUUUAAGAAAAUCUUCUUUGUUAGUAGCUUGUGUUGUCCUUGACUAGUGGUUUGUUAUAUUCACUCCAACUGA